GGCGCUGCGCGUUAUGAAGCGCAGCCUCUUCAUGCAGUAUGUGUAUGGAGGCUUAUCACGGGGCUCAAAUGCGGCUAAAAGCUCCGGCGCCCUUUUAUUAAUUUGCAGUCCCACGCCGUUAAUUUUAAUUACGUCGAAGUCAUGAGUGACAUGAGAAGAAUAUCUAAAAUAACUCUACGGAUCGCGUGCCAGUGUCUAUGGCUUGCCGCUCUGGUGGUGGGUUUGAGUGGCGUGUACCUGCUGGUAAACUUCAGGCAAACUGGACUGCUUUUCCGCAACAUCUACUUAAUCUUACCUGCGAUCGUGGCCCUGGUCAGCGCGGCCGUCCUGCUCGCCAGUGGGGGCAUCGGCUGCUGGGUGUCCAUCAGGGAUAGCACUGUGCUGCAGGCUGCGUUUGUUUAUCUGCUCGUCAUUGUAUUUUGCCUCGAGGCGACAGCAUCUGUCCUGUCCUACGUGAACAUAGGCAAGGUGCAUUCGGAAUUUGAGCCUUUCUGGGGGAUGUUUCAGAAUUACACCGGCAACAAACAGGACUCCGGUUCUAAUGCAGUGGAUGCCAUUCAGGAAGAGUUACAGUGCUGUGGAGUCCAUAAUUACAGUGACUGGUUCAGCACCCCUUGGUUUAACCGCACUGGUAAAGUUCAAGUGCCCCACAGCUGCUGUAACUCCACCUUCGACAUGUGCAACGGCACCCUGAACAGACCAGACCUCCUUUAUCCACAGGGCUGUCAGGCAAAGCUGGAGGGCGGCUGGAUGUUUGUCCUUUACUUUAUUAUCAUUUCUUCUGCGGUGGUUGCUGUCCUUCAGGUCGUUGGGCUUGUCACUGCAGCCCAGCUGAUGAGAGAUCAACCCUUGCAGGAGUAUCGGAUCCUGGACAGGGAUUCAGUAAACUAGACAUAUUCUGUGCUCUCUGAUGUCCAACAAACAUCACGAUUUAAUUUCUCGUUUAGAGAGUAAUUAAGUCAUUAACAUUUUGUAACUGUGAGGGGAAAUCGACUUCUGCAAUUAUUUUUUAGCCUUUUAAUAAGCUUAAACAAGAUAAUGAUUUUCCAGAUGUGAUGAACAGGGAUGUUUUCUGCUUAUUUGUAAUGUUGGUAUAGAAUAAAUGUAUAAAUUGAAUAAAUGUAUAAAUUGUCACAAUGAGUAAGGAGCAGGAAUGUUCAGCAAGUAGCAUAAGAAGACCAGAGCAUUGAGCAAGUUCACUAGUUUGAAUGGCAUCGGUAAAAUAUUCUGCUCAUUAAACUGGGACAAUUAGCAAUGUAAGCUGUUCAUAUAGAGAAACACUUAGGAAGACCAGAAGAAUGGCAGCGGUGUAUGAUACUGUAAAACCAAUGUAAGUAAAUCCUCUGCAUUAUAUCUGAA